GAAGACUUUUGGCAAAACACGAACGAAGACUUCGACACGUUGCUUGAAUUUGAAAAGUGAUGUUUUUCACCCAACAGAUCUGGCCUAACAGUUACGCUGUUACUUUCACUUUUGCGUCCGACAUUUUUAUUAUGAAAUCUGCGUUCAUUUAAAUUUUAAAUGGAAAUGUGAUGCAGAUAUUUACUUUUUUGGUAACGUUAGGAGGUAUAUGCUUAUUCUUCGUGUGUGGUGCUUCUGCUUUUGAGACAGACAGUGUCUCAGUGUUUGUGAUGGAGGGAGAUGCAGUCACUUUAUACACUGAUGAUAAAAUGAAACAAGACCGAAUGACAUGGUAUUUUGAAGACAAUCGGAUAGCUCUUAUUAAUGGAGAUCAGAGUAAAAUCUGUGCAGAUGAUCAGUGUAAAGAGAGAUUCAGAGACAGACUGAAUGUGAAUCAGACUGGAUCUCUGACCAUCAUGAACAUCAGAACCACAGACUCUGGAGAUUAUAAACUAAAGAUCACCAGCCGCAACAUUGAAAAGAUCUUUAGUGUUACUGUACAAGGUGUUUCUGAUGCUGAACGAGAUGAAAUGAAGAGAAAGUCUGUGAAGGAGGGAGAAUCUGUCACUUUAGAUCCUGGUGUAACAAACAACCCAAAUGAUUUGAUGACGUGGCAUUUUAAUGACAGUCUCAUCGCUGAAAUCACUGGAGAUCAGAGUAAAAUCUGUACAGAUGUUCAGUGUAAAGAGAGAUUCAGAGACAGACUGAAGCUGGAUCUUCAGACUGGAUCUCUGAACAUCACAGACACCAGAACCACAGACUCUGGAGAUUAUAAAUUACAGAUCAACAGCAGCAGAUUCAGCAUUAUUAGGAUCUUCACUGUUAUUGUCACUUAUUCAGGAUCAUCUUCAGUUGCUGCCGCUGCUGCUGCUGCUACUGCUGCUGCUGUUCUUCUUCUGCUUGUUGCUGCUGGUUUCUAUAAGCGCAACGCAAUAAUGAAAUGCAUCAGGAGGCAGCCCAGGGAUCAGAUGAAUGAUGCUGAAGACCCACCCCUUGAACAGAUUGAUCCUCUAAUGCAGAUGGCUACUAUUGAGACAUCCCCUAAUGAGACUGAGGCUGCCAAUGAGACAGAACAGUAACAUUUAUUUUAUUGAAAGGGAAAAUCAAGAGAAGAUGGGGAAAUUAGAGAAGAGCAUCAGCAGGAAUUCUCAUUGCUGACAGAAACUGUCAAAUGCAUAUGGGUCUAUUCCUCAUAACUUGAUCCAAGUUGCUUUGGACUACUACCACAUCCCACAUAACAUUCAGGGCAUGAUCACCAGUUACCUGAGAGACAUCAAGUUACAAUUUCCUCAUUUAUUUAGACGAAAUAUUGUGUAAAAAGUUCGCAUUUACCCACAUAGCAAUUUUUCUCUGGCCCACACAAUCAGCUUUUGCUUGGCCCACAUACCGCAAUGACUUGCGGUCAGUGGUUAGUUACUCAAAGAAUGUAAUAUAUUACUCACUACUAGUUACUCCUUUCAAAGGUAAUAUUGUUACUUUAGUCAGAAAACGCGAAGGGAAGGAGACAGAGGAGUUGAGCCAGCGCAGGAGAGACUUGUGGCUAGCUAGGAUAAAUAGGCUAAACUUUCAGCCAACUCCCCACAGCAAAGUCUGUUCCCAUCAUUUUAUCACAUGUAGGCUAACGUUACAGUUUUUAGAUAAUUUAAAGUUACCUCACAGCAAAGUCUGUCCCCAUAAUUUUAUCACGUAUGGUUAGCUGUAAGCAGUGGCUGAAACUGCUCUUUCAAAUAGAGGAAGCUGCCAUACAUUGAGACAAUUAUUAAAUUAGUAUCAAUAACUAUAUGAACAUAUAGGUCUGGCAUUGAUACUAGGUAGAGAAUUAGUGCUUGUAUGAUACUGUGUUAUUUUGUUACAGCGCUCCUAGUAAAAGUUAGUCUGGAGCCCUGACUUGUAUUAGGUUGAGGGUGAUUAGGCUAACUGGUAACACUUUAGAAUAAUGGUCCGUUGUUGACAAGUAACUAUGCAGGAAGUAAUAAGUAGUUCUACAUUAACACUUAACUUAAUACACUUAACUAAUAUAGAAGCAAGAUUAACUAAGCAAUAAGUAAUAGGUAAUUUAGGACAGAGGUAGUUCCUUAUUAGUUAUUUGAUAAUUACUAAAGAAAAAUAUCGUCAUUGAGAACUACUUAUGAACUAUGACCAAUUAAUAAAGAAUAACCAAUUAAUUACUAAUCACAACAGUAAAGUCUAUAAAAUGAACAAUUAGGUUCUUUGUGGAAACUAAUUUAUGAAUAUUUAAUUAUUAUUAUUAUUAUUAUUAUUAUUUGUAAAUGUAGUAAUAAUAAUAAUAAUUAUGUGACAGGCAUCAGCCGUGCUCCACGCACGGAAACCCUUAGCAUCAAUAUGCCGACGUGAUACUGGGAAAUUUAUCGUCAUCAUUAUUGUUCAGAACUGGGUAGGUUUAGGGUAGGGGUGAGGUCAGGUACUCCGGUGAAAGUAUAACUGCAUCUGAGUCACUCUUUUUACGUGGUCCGGUGCAGCGCUGGUGUUGAACCAGUGAAUCCGUGCAUGGACCACGGCUGCUGCCUUCUGUGAGCCCAUCACGGAAUUUUCGGCGAUUCCGUGACAGAUUCCACCACAGAUUCGGAGGUUAAUUAAGUCCGUGAACAUUACACGGAAUUCUGUGAGAUCAGGUUGGUGCAACAGUUUCAACGCCUCCCGAUGCAGGACCAACAACAUCUAGGUCCAACGACAGCUGCUUUGCAGUACUUUUUAUAAAAUGGAUGUUUAUGUUAAUUUAAUUUAAUUCUGUUUGACUGUUGUAUUUGCACUUUUUUCUAAACUGCUAUUUGUUGCUAAUAAAAGUUGUUAAUAUUGUUGUGCAUGUUAUUGUUUCAGUAUUAGUGUUUGGUAUUCAGUUUCUGAACGGUUUAGGCACAAGCCAACCGUUUGGUGA